AUGAAGGCUUCAAUUCUGGCAGCAGCUGCUGCCCUCGCCGGCGGCGUCAGCGCCAACCGGGUUCACCACCGCCACGCGGCCGCCCACGACAUGUUCCAGAAGCGCGGUCACGCCGAGGGCGAGGUCUGCACGACCAUCGUCAGCACGAUCUACGGCGAGAUGACCUGGCACCCGACGCCCGCGUGCAGCGAUACCACGACCACGAAAGUCACCAAGACUCAUGCCGUCACGACGACCGUCACCAAACCCGAGACGACAGUGACGAAGCCCACGACGACCGUCAACCUCGAGACCACCGUGACCACCGAGACGCCCUGCACCGUCCCGACCAUUGUCGUCCAGACGUGCCCGACCCCUGGCACCUACACUUUCCCGGCCACCACCGUCGUGGUUACCGAGACCACUACCGUUUGCGGCGCCGAGACGACCUCAGUCCCUGCCGGCACUCACACCCUCGGUGGUGUGACGACUGUCGUCGAGACGGAGACCACCGUGGUCUGCCCGGUCGCUACGACCUCUACGCUCCCCAACGGCGUUGUGACCAGCAUCAUCCAGGAGACCACCUACGUCUGCCCCUCGGCUGGUACCUACACCAUCGGUCCCGUCACCACUGUCUGCGCCACCGAGACCGUUGUGGUCAUUCCUGUCGUCACCACCUUCUGCCCUGGCACCUACACUCGCCCGGCCGUCGUCACGACUGUUACCGAGACUGACGUCGUUGUCUACUGUCCCUUCAGCAUCCCUACCACUGCCCCUGCUCCCACUACGACCCCUGCUCCUGCUCCUGCUCCUGUGAAGACCACUUCGGCCGCUCCUGCGCCGCCGAAGUCCACGACCUCUGCGGUCGCGAAGCCGCCCACCACGCACAGCGGUCUCGGUGGCUCUGGCGACCAGUGGGCCAUCACUUACACCCCGUACACCAGCAGCGGCGGCUGCAAGUCGUCUUCGCAGGUCCUGAUUGAUCUCCAGGAGAUCAAGGCCAAGGGCUUCACCACCAUCCGUGUUUACUCCACCGACUGCGACACCCUGCCCAACGUCGGUGAUGCCUGCGAGGCGACUGGCCUGAAGCUCAUCAUUGGUGUCUUCAUCUCCGAGGUUGGCUGCGACAACGGCAACCCUGAUGUCGCUUCCCAGAUCGCUGCCAUCAAGGCCUGGGGCAAGUGGGAACUUGUCGAGCUUGUCGUUGUUGGUAACGAGGCCGGCAACCAGGGCUUCUGCACUCCCGAGCAGCUGAAGGAGCUGAUCGUUGAGGUCAAGGAGAUCAUCGUCGAGGCUGAUUGCAGCGUCCCCGUCACCACCACCGAUACCGUCAACACCUGGCAGGACACCAACUUCUCUGGCGUUCUCUGCAGCGUUGUCGACGUUGUUGCCUGCAACUCUCACGCCUACUUCAACGCUGAGACCGUCCCCUCUGAGGCCGGUUCCUUCGUCGCGGGUCAGCUCGAGAUUGUCAAGAACAUCUGCGGUCUUCCCGGUUACGUCAUGGAGACUGGCUGGCCCUCGCAGUGCGUUGCCAACGGCGUUGCCACUUGCUCUGAGUCUGACCAGGCCAGCGCCAUCUCCUCGCUGAAGGCGGCUCUUGGCAGCCAGGUUGUCUUCUUCUCGUACUCCAACGAUGACUGGAAGGACAAUGGCUCGUGCGGUUGCGAGCAGCACUGGGGUUGCGGUCAGCUCUUCUAA